CCCAGUCCCCCGUUCUUCUCCAACUUAAGAUCAAAGAAAGCAUUCACGACUCUUAACGAAUUUCAAUCAAUCUCAAGCUCUUCGUCAGGAAUCUAUGGCGGGAAAAGGCGAUGGACCAGCGAUUGGGAUCGAUCUCGGGACGACGUAUUCCUGCGUCGGCGUUUGGCAGCACGAUAGGGUAGAGAUUAUUGCGAAUGAUCAGGGAAAUCGAACUACCCCAUCGUAUGUUGCGUUCACGGAUACGGAGCGGUUGAUAGGCGAUGCGGCGAAGAAUCAGGUCGCGAUGAACCCCGUCAACACUGUUUUCGAUGCCAAGCGUUUGAUCGGCCGGCGAUUCUCCGAUCCUUCCGUGCAGAGCGACAUGAAGCUAUGGCCUUUUAAGGUCAUUCCCGGCCCUGGCGACAAACCCAUGAUCGUGGUUACCUAUAAAGGAGAGGAGAAGCAAUUCUCUCCUGAGGAAAUCUCCUCCAUGGUUCUUACCAAAAUGAAAGAAAUUGCCGAAGCUUUCCUCGGCAAAAGUGUAAAGAACGCAGUAGUCACUGUCCCUGCCUACUUCAACGACUCUCAGCGGCAGGCAACUAAGGAUGCUGGCGUCAUCUCCGGCCUCAAUGUCAUGAGGAUCAUCAACGAGCCUACUGCUGCAGCCAUUGCCUAUGGCCUUGACAAGAAGGGUGGCAGCUCUGGUGAGAAGAAUGUCCUUAUUUUUGACCUCGGUGGAGGUACUUUCGAUGUCUCUCUUCUCACCAUUGAAGAAGGCAUUUUCGAGGUGAAGGCUACUGCUGGUGACACUCACCUCGGUGGAGAAGAUUUUGACAACAGAAUGGUGAAUCACUUCGUUCAGGAAUUCAAGAGGAAGCAUAAGAAGGAUAUCAGUGGCAAUCCGAGGGCUUUGAGGAGGUUGAGAACUGCUUGCGAGAGAGCAAAACGAACUCUUUCCUCCACUGCCCAGACUACCAUUGAGAUCGAUUCUCUUUACGAGGGGAUUGAUUUCUAUACGACCAUUACUCGAGCUAGAUUUGAGGAGCUCAACAUGGAUCUCUUCAGGAAGUGCAUGGAGCCGGUCGAGAAGUGUUUGAGAGAUGCGAAGAUGGACAAGAACAGUGUUCAUGAUGUUGUUCUUGUCGGAGGAUCAACAAGGAUUCCCAAAGUUCAGCAGCUGCUGCAGGAUUUCUUCAAUGGGAAGGAACUCUGCAAGAGCAUUAACCCCGAUGAAGCUGUGGCUUAUGGAGCAGCUGUGCAAGCUGCAAUCUUGAGCGGAGAGGGGAAUGAGAAGGUACAGGAUCUUCUCCUUCUCGAUGUUACUCCCCUCUCUCUUGGCUUGGAGACCGCUGGCGGUGUUAUGACUGUACUGAUUCCGAGGAACACCACCAUUCCCACCAAGAAAGAGCAGGUAUUCUCUACUUACUCGGAUAACCAGCCAGGUGUACUAAUCCAAGUCUAUGAAGGCGAGAGAGCCAAAACCAAGGACAACAAUCUGCUCGGCAAGUUUGAGCUUUCCGGCAUUCCUCCUGCGCCCAGGGGCGUGCCUCAGAUUAAUGUUUGCUUCGAUAUCGAUGCCAAUGGCAUCCUAAACGUUUCAGCAGAAGACAAGACUACAGGUCAGAAGAACAAGAUCACCAUCACGAACGACAAGGGCAGGCUUAGUAAAGAGGAGAUUGAAAAGAUGGUGCAGGAAGCAGAAAAGUACAAGACGGAGGAUGAGGAGCACAAGAAGAAAGUGGAGGCUAAGAAUGCUCUUGAGAACUAUGCUUAUAACAUGAGAAACACUAUAAACGAUGAGAAGAUUGGAGGAAAGCUGAAUCCAGCUGACAAGAAGAAGAUAGAAGAAACAAUUGAUAAGGCAAUACAGUGGCUGGAUGGUAAUCAGCUCGCGGAAGCUGAAGAGUUUGAAGACAAGAUGAAGGAGCUCGAGAGUGUCUGCAACCCAAUCAUUGCAAAGAUGUAUCAGGGUGCAGGUGGCGCCAUGGAUGAAGAUGUUCCGCGUGGUGGCAACAGUGGCGCCGGUGCCGGACCCAAGAUUGAAGAAGUUGAUUGAAGUUACUGCUUUUGAAGAUACCGGAGUCUUGUUAUGCAACAUUUGUAGUUUCUUUUGGUCUUUCCGUUUCUUUUUUUAUUUUCUUUGUUUUGUUAUCUCUACUUCUCUUACUGCAUUGUAGUAUUCUGCGCUGAAUCGGAAACACACAUAUUGAGUGUCA